ACAAUCUUUCAUUCUUAUAUUUGAUCAGAUUGGAGCGAAAGGAAAACAUCAAGCGAAGCCCUAGUUUUCUUUUGUGUUCUCAUGCAAGGAUAACCCACUAACUCACAUAUUUUUGUCGGCUUGUGGACGUAAUAUAUACUAUUUUAUUUUUAUUUUAAAUAUUUUUAUAAAUAAAAUAUAAUAAAGGAGACUCGUUUCUCCGCUAAAUUCUCGCUGUAUGUCUCUGUCUUUGCUUUUACUUUCCUCGUUCAGUGAGAGGAUCAAAAAUUGAUUGCAGAGUCACACAUGAACCUCAAACCAGGCAUCUCUCUUCUUUUUCCAGAGUACAUCUGAAUCGCUGAAAAACGACGCCGUCUCAUAUACUUGAAGCUGCUUCUUCCUCUUGCCCUAAUUAAUCUUAGGGUUUCCUCUUACCUUUCCCACACCUCAGAGAGAGAGAGAUCAUUACACACAAGUUACCAGUUUUCUCUUUGCUUGUUUUUAAUUUAGUUCUGUUCUUGGUGUAUUUUAGUUUUGUCUGCGUGUGUAGCUGAUCACUUGAGUUUGGCUUCUUGAUCUGAAUUCUUUAGUUUUAUUAUCACGCUCUUGCUCAACUCUCAAUAUAUCACCAAGAAGGAUCAAGAAUCAAUAGAAAAUUGAUUUGAGCUGGCGAAUAAACAGUGGUGGGAUAGGGAACUAGUAGAUGCGGCGGCGAUGGAAGGCGGCUACGAGCAAGGCGGUGGAGCUUCUAGGUACUUCCAUAACCUCUUCAGGCCAGAGAUUCACCACCAACAGCUUCAACAACAAGGCGGGAUCAAUCUUUUUGACCAGCAUCAUCACCAGCAACAGCAACAACCGUCGGAUAAUUCAAGAGAAUCUGAUCACUCAAACAAGGACCAGCAUCAAGAGGGUCGACCCGAUUCAGACCCGGCUACAUCAAGCUCAGCACCAGGAAAGCGUCCACGUGGACGUCCACCGGGAUCUAAGAACAAAGCUAAGCCACCGAUCAUAGUGACGCGCGAUAGCCCCAAUGCGCUUAGAUCUCACGUCCUUGAAGUAUCUCCUGGAGCUGACAUAGUUGAAAGUGUGUCCACUUACGCUAGGCGGAGAGGGAGAGGGGUCUCCGUUUUAGGAGGAAACGGCACCGUUUCUAACGUCACUCUUCGUCAGCCAGUCACUCCCGGAAAUAGCGGUGGAGGCGGAGGAGGAGGAGUUGUGACUUUACAUGGAAGGUUUGAGAUUCUUUCGCUAACGGGAACCGUUUUGCCACCACCUGCACCGCCUGGUGCUGGUGGUUUGUCAAUAUUUCUAGCUGGAGGGCAAGGUCAGGUGGUUGGAGGAAUCGUUGUGGCUCCGCUUGUUGCAUCAGCUCCGGUUAUACUAAUGGCUGCUUCCUUCUCAAAUGCUGUUUUCGAGAGAUUGCCUAUUGAAGAGGAGGAAGAAGGAGGUGGUGGUGGCGGUGGUGGAGGAGGAGGAGGAGAAGGGCCAACGCAGAUGCAGCAAGCUCCAUCAGCAUCUCCGCGGUCGGGAGUGACCGGUCAGGGACAGUUAGGAGGUAAUGUGGGUGGUUAUGGGUUUUCCGGUGAUCCUCAUUUGCUAGGAUGGGGAACUGGUCCCCCUUCAAGACCACCUUUUAAUUAAUUUACAUUAUUGUCAAUGGAGAAAAAAAAAUUAUGUGUGUUUUUAAAUUUUACUCAUUUUGUGGAGCCGUCGUCUUUUCAUUUGGGAUCUCUGUAUUUAGUUGAUAUGCAUAUUUGAGUUCUCAUGUUUCUUAA